GAGGAUGCAAUCAGACAAAUCUUAGAAGAAAUGAAAGCACUUUUUGAGCAGAACCAGAAAGACGUGAGUGCUACAAUUGCUGGAGAGAAUGGUCUAUAUUCUGGUGUACAACUAAGGCAUUCGGCUCUGGAGCGUAACAAACGAUGUCUUCUUGCUUACUUAUACAACAGAUUAGAACAAAUCCGGAGAAUGAGAUGGGAGUUUGGGAGUGUUCUGCCUCCAGAGGUCAAGUUCAACAUGUGUGAACAGGAGAUCCAGUGGUUUAGCAAGUACAACAAGAUGCUGGCUACUUAUAUGAGAUCUAUAGGAGGAGAGGGAGGAUUAGACCUUACUCAGGACCUAAAGCCCCCCAAAACACUGUACAUAGAGGUGAGAUGUUUAAUGGACCAUGGGGAAUUUGAAACGCAAGAUGGAAAUAUUCUGUUGUUAAAGAAGAAUAGUCAGCACUUCAUGUUACGAUCAGAGUGUGAACAUUUAAUUCGUCAGGGAAUCUUGGAGCACAUUGUACAUUAGA